UAUAUUCCGUCAAUUGGUUGUCCAGGGAUCCAGUACGCUGCGAGGAUCAGGAUGAUAGUGACUGGUUGCGUACGGAGAUUGGCGUUCCAAUCGCCGAGUGCUGCGGCAAAUGUUGCAGUUCUCUCGCAUGGCAAAGUCCUGGCCGCAACGGAUGCGUUUCGAGGAAGGAUUUCGGCGUGUCAUCAAACCGAGCACCGCCGUCUCAACAACUCGUUGGCCCGUCAAGUGCCCUGGGUCUCACCAGGCGAAACGGGGUCAGCACCGGACAAGACGGGCCUCCUAGAGUUCAACAAGAUGUUUCCCGACAUCGUGAGGGAUCUCACGCACACCGGCCGGCACCUCGAUGUUCCCAGAGCAACGAAAUGGUUUGCCAAGGUUCUCCAGUACAACAUGACCGGUGGGAAGAAGUAUCGUGGCCUAGCAGUCGUCCAGUCCUACCGGCUCCUAGCAAGGAACCAUGAACCAACCCCUGAGGACAUCCGUCUGGCAAUAAUCAUGGGCUGGUGUCUCGAAAUGCUGCACACGUCACUGUUGAUGACCCAGGAUACGGUGGAGCAGGCUGACACGCGGAGGGGCAAGCCUUGCUGGUAUCUUGCAUCUGACCUGGUGUCGAAUGCCGGUGUUGCCUUGAACGAUGCCUCAUUACUGGAAACUGGCAUUUACCAACUCCUGAAAAUCCAUUUCGAGGACAAACCUUACUACGUCGACGUUCUGGAACUAUUCCAUGACGUAAGCCACAAGGCCAUCAUGGGGCAGGUGAUGGAUACAGAGACACGAGCCGAUCGCUCGUUGCAGCAGUUCACCAUGGAGCGUUACAGGACCAUCACGAAGUACAGAACUGCGUACCACACCUUCCAGAUGCCCGUGUCACUUGCCCUCUACAUGGCCGGCAUCCGAGAUGUGGAAACCCAUCGUCAAGCUAAGACGAUCCUCAUGGAAAUGGGGCAGUUCUACCAAGUGCUGGCUGACUUCCUCAACUGUUACGGCGACCCGGAGCUCACCGGCCGUGUCGGGACAGACAUCGAGAACGGCAAAUGCACGUGGCUGUCCGUGGUAGCAUUGCAGAGAGCUUCAGAUCCUCAGCUACAGGUCCUGCAGGAAUGCUAUGGCUCGAAACAUCCAGAAAAGGUUGCCAAAGUGAAGCAACUAUAUAACAUCCUGGGUCUGCCGUCAACAUACAAGAUAUAUGAAGAUCAGACAUAUGCCUUGCUGUGCACGCAGAUACAACAGAUCACAAGGGGACUGCCCCAUAAGCUGUUCUUUAAAUUUCUUCAGAAAGUGUAUGUAAAGGAUGCCUACAUCAGCAGACCCAUACGCUGAGCCCCAGUGUUGCCUUUCUGACAACUACUGCAGAAGGAAAAACAAUUAUUGCAUGUCUGCUAUGAGAACCUCUAUUUCGAAGCAUGUCAGGUACAUCGCGUUCAUAAUCAUACCACAAAUGUUAUCAUGCUCAUAAUAGUAAUUCUUGCUUGCUUGUGAGUAGUAGUGGUAGUAACAGAGCUCUGACCGAAGGGUACAAUGGCCCAUUUCAUUCGGUAGCUAGAAGAAUGAAGUCCUGUCCUCGUAGAGGAGUGUCGCAGGAGGUUCGUGAGGUGAGAAUUGACGACCGCGAUGUUCCUUCGACUAUUUAAGACGCCAAAUAAUAUAGUAAUUACAAUAAAAGCCGGCAUCCCACCAAGGCUACUCGGGCUCGAUCGCAGGUCAGGUCGUGUGGGGUUUAUUAUGGAAUAAGUGACAUUGAAGCGGGCUUUCUCCAAAUAUUUCGCUUUAACAUUAAAAAAUAUAAAUACUGCACUAAAUAAUAAAUUCACAUUAUAACUGGGCUUACUGUUUACUACGCCAUGUAGGCACAUCGGGGCCCGUUUGUAAUCACGAAUGAGAAAGCAUUUGAAAUAUAUUACCAACUUAUCCCCACGACGUAUUUCUUUAAAGUUAUCAAAAACUUUCAAGUCCCAUGUUAGACUCCAUCAUUUAUUGUAACGAGAACAGAACUCGGGGGUGGGGAACU